CGUGUGGAAUAGACGUAAAUAAUUCAUAGUAUAUUAUCAGUGAGUCUGAGUCAAAGUUCAAACAAUCAGUUGAUAAGUAUAAUUGUGGAAAUCCAAACAGUUUCGAGUUCAGUGUUUUGUUAAUACAGUGGGUUUCUGUCUCACAUCAUGCGACCUAUAGGUGAAAUUGUGUGUUUUCUGGUGGUUCUAACUUCUUGUUACAGCCAAUGGUUGGUGUUUGCACCACUGGAAGACACCUCAGAACUGGAAGAGCCGGACCCAUGGGUAGCUCUGAUGAAGCCUGAACUUCCCAACACACUCGUACUCUCGAACCCUCUAGACUACGACCAGCCCGAACUCGAAGAACCCGUUCAGGACCCUACGACAUCCUCAACAUUGGAAAACCUUGCUGAAAAAGUGGACAACUUGAUGUCUCAACUGAAAUCGCAAGAAGAUAAAAUUGCCAAGCUCGAAGAAGCCAAUAAGAAGCUCAUCGAUAAAGUGGAUAUUAUUGAACAACAAGUGAAGACGAACAACUUGAUAUUCUACAAUGUGACCGAGAACAAGAGAGAGAAUCACAGAUCCACUCUACAGAAGGUUCUUUUCAUCCUGAACAGAGUUAUGAAAGUGCGGGCCAGCCCCUCCGACAUUACAGUUGCCCUUCGAGCAGACGUCGCUGACGACAACAACACCUUUUAUAAACACCGGGUAAUCGUUGUCAAGUUUGCCAACUUUGCCACCAGGAUGAAAGUGCUGGGAGCUCGUAGCAGGUUGAGUCACUCUAACAUUUGGGUGUCCCCUGAUUACAGUGAACAGGUGAGCAAGACACGGAGUCAGCUGCUUCCAUUCUUGAUUGACGCGAGGAUUCAAGGCCACAGCGCUUUCUUGUUGUACGACAAACUGGUAGUGGACGGUAUCAAAAAAACUUUGGUGGAACUCCAGGCAGAGGUGGAGGAGAGGACAAAACUAGUAGUGGAAGCCAUUAACAAGCAAUUUGAACCAGAGCCGGAGAUGGAUGAGGGGACAGAAGUGGAAGAGGAAGUCGUGGCUAGACUACCGGAGAAUCCUGAUGAUCAAGUUGAGGAGGUCUAUGUGGAUCCAGAGUUCCAGGACAACGAGUAUGAGGACGAAUAAAAUUGGAUAUAAAAUUUAACAUUAUAUCAUCUUUGCCUUAAUAAUUGUGCUUCAAGGACGACAUAUCAAAUUAUUAUAACAUAUUACAGUAUAAGUUACACUAGUUUGACAUUUUAUUGAAAUUGUAGUAUGUGAUUCUAGAAAAUAAAUAAUAUCUUAAAUA